CUCCCCUCCUCCCCGGACCCAUGGUCUCGCCCUGUCGCUAUCGAUAACUCCACGAUCGGCCCGGCUUCUAUCGACUCGCUCCUCCUCGCCUCGCCGUCCUGGACCAAGGCAGAGUGCAGAGCGUGUGUACGAUGUUUUGACCUUUGGACCUUGUCUGUCAGCUCUUGGCCCAGUGCAGGCCUCAUUUUUCCCAGCCAUCAAAAGAUGAACACCACUCCAGGCACAGUGGGCAGUGACCCUGUCAUCUUGGCAACUGCGGGCUAUGACCACACUGUGCGCUUUUGGCAGGCCCACAGUGGAAUCUGCACGCGAACAGUGCAGCAUCAGGACUCUCAGGUGAAUGCAUUAGAGAUCACGCCAGACCGAAGCAUGAUUGCCGCUGCAGGUUACCAACAUAUCCGCAUGUAUGAUCUCAACUCCAAUAACCCCAACCCCAUCAUCAGUUACGAUGGAGUCAAUAAGAACAUUGCAUCGGUGGGCUUUCAUGAGGAUGGCCGCUGGAUGUACACAGGCGGAGAGGACUGCACAGCUCGCAUCUGGGACCUCAGGUCCCGGAACCUGCAGUGUCAGCGUAUCUUCCAAGUGAAUGCACCCAUUAAUUGCGUGUGUUUGCAUCCCAACCAGGCAGAACUCAUUGUGGGUGACCAGAGCGGUGCCAUCCACAUCUGGGACCUGAAGACAGACCACAACGAGCAGCUGAUCCCCGAGCCUGAGUAUUCCAUCACGUCUGCCCACAUUGACCCGGAUGCCAGCUACAUGGCGGCAGUCAAUAGUGCUGGAAACUGCUAUGUCUGGAACCUGACAGGAGGCAUUGGUGACGAGGUGACUCAGCUCAUCCCCAAGACCAAGAUCCCAGCCCACACACGCUAUGCCCUGCAGUGCCGCUUCAGCCCCGACUCCACGCUUCUUGCCACCUGUUCAGCGGACCAGACAUGUAAAAUUUGGAGGACGUCUAAUUUCUCCCUGAUGACAGAGCUCAGCAUCAAGAGUAGUAACCCUGGCGAGUCAUCCCGUGGCUGGAUGUGGGGCUGUGCCUUCUCAGGGGACUCCCAGUACAUUGUCACAGCUUCCUCUGACAACCUGGCCCGGCUCUGGUGUGUAGAGACUGGAGAGAUCAAGAGAGAGUACGGUGGCCAUCAGAAAGCUGUCGUCUGCCUGGCCUUCAAUGACAGCGUGCUGGGCUAGCCUCUGCCCCUGGAAGCUGCAUUGGACAAUCAGGACUGCCUGGUCUAGUGGCUCUAAAUGGAUGUACCUGAACAAUACCCUGGUCUAAGUGAGGCUCUCAGGCCAGCCUCUGCAUGUCAGGCCAGCUAGACCUGAGCAGACCACCUCUGGGCCCUCUUGGCCAACCUAGACUUGUUGGCCACUGUACCCCGGGACUUUCUCCAGUUUGUUGUCAGAAGGCUUAGUGAGCCAGGCUACAUGUGCCUGGACUGGG